AUGGAGAAAAAAACACUAAAAAAGUAUGACAAAAAACAAAGCAAUGGACUGAAAGAGCAAAAUGAAUACAUUCCAUUAGUACGCAAAUUUGAACCAGAUGACAAUCUAGUAGUGCAGCAAAUUUUUUAUGAAGGGCUGAUGGAGAUGGUGCCAGACACUGCCUUCAGAGGAUUAAGACAUCACCCUGAGAGUCUCUGGCUUUAUGCUGCUAUGACAGUUAUAUCUCUUGUCAUCACCAAAUGUUGGUGGGUGAUAGGAGUCCUCCCAGCAAGUGUGAUGUGUUUGCGCUACUUCUACAGCAGAUGUGUCAUCCAUGGUUACCUCAGGCGAGCCAUGAACACAGACAUGGGGAACAUUGAGAAGUUCUACAUGAAGCCACCAGGCUCCUGUUUUUGGGUAGCAGUGCUAGAAGGCAAAGUGGUGGGCACUGUAGCAGCAGUUGGCCAGCAAAAGGAAUCAGGAGGUGCUGUUGUCCUGCAGAGAAUUUCUGUUGACCAGAGAUAUCGGAAAUGCGGGGUUGGUGUUGUGCUGGGAAGGAAAGUUCUGGAGUUUGCUGCUCAUUAUGGAUAUUCUUCAGUUAUCCUUGGGACCACAGCAUAUGCACCGGCAGCGCACCGCCUCUACCAGCGCCUGGGUUUCUGCUGUGUGGGGGUUACCAACGGGUAUGCCACACCAGGAGGACGACAGUCUUUACUUGAACAAAUUUUCUACAGAGUACGCCAUCAUCACUAUAGAAUUGAUGUGCAAAACAUCUCAAAUGGACACCAACUCCAGUGA